CGACAGCUAAAAGUCAACGGACUCAAAACUUGGCACUUCGAAGCAGUCCUUCGUGCUAUACCUGCAUUGCUACAGAUUUCUCUGUUGCUUUUCGGCACUGGACUUGGGGGAUAUCUAUGGACUCAACAAUACACGGUGGCCAUUGCUGUCAUUGGAACAACUUGCUUUGGUGCCUCUUUCUACAUCAUGGCCACCAUCGGCAGCUACCUUUAUGUCAGCUGCCCUUCUACAACACCAGCUUCUGCACUCGUG